CCACUUCCCAUGCCGCGAAUUGCAUCCACUCAUCACUGUGGAGUAAAAACCUGCCAUGACAGUAAUAACAAUGCCUCCUUUCUUAUCUUACUCUCUUCUUUCCCUCGCGUUCUUCUUCACUCUCAAGUACCUUUUCCAAAGAAGCAGAAAAGUACGAAACCUGCCACCUGGUCCGACUCCUCUUCCUAUAAUCGGCAACCUUAACCUCGUUGAACAACCUAUACACCGUUUCUUCCUCCGCAUGUCCCAAAAAUAUGGAAACAUCAUAUCCCUUUGGUUUGGGUCACGUCUUGUUGUGGUUGUUUCAUCACCCACAGCGUACCAAGAAUGUUUCACUAAACAUGAUGUUACCUUGGCCAACAGGGUACGCUCCCUCUCGGGAAAAUACAUAUUCUACGACAACACCACCGUAGGGUCUUGCUCCCACGGCGAGCACUGGCGCAACCUCCGCCGCAUAACCUCUCUCGACGUUCUAUCGACGCAGCGCGUCCACUCCUUCUCCGGAAUCCGGAGCGACGAGACGAAAAGGUUGAUACACAGGCUGGCCAGGGACUCCGGGAAAGAUUUUGCGCGCGUGGAGAUGACCUCCAAGUUUGCUGACUUGACGUACAACAACAUCAUGAGGAUGAUUUCGGGGAAGCGGUUUUACGGAGAAGAGAGUGAACUUAACAACGUUGAGGAAGCGAAGGAGUUCAGAGACACUGUGAAUGAGAUGCUGCAACUCAUGGGGUUGGCUAACAAGGGAGAUCACUUACCUUUCCUAAGGUGGUUCGAUUUUCAGAACGUGGAGAAGAGGUUGAAGAAUAUCAGUAAGAGGUAUGAUACCAUCUUGAAUAAGAUCCUUGAUGAGAACCGUAACAACAAGGACCGCGAGAAUUCCAUGAUUGGUCAUCUCCUCAAACUGCAAGAGACACAGCCUGACUAUUAUACCGACCAAAUCAUCAAAGGCCUUGCUUUGGCUAUGCUCUUUGGCGGAACAGACUCGUCAACUGGAACUUUAGAGUGGGCAUUAUCUAAUUUAGUGAAUGACCCAGAGGUGCUGCAGAAGGCAAGAGAUGAGUUGGACGCUCAAGUAGGACCAGAUCGGCUGUUAAAUGAGUCAGACCUUCCAAAACUUCCUUAUCUCAGGAAGAUAGUUCUUGAAACACUUAGGUUGUACCCUCCGGCUCCAAUUCUAAUACCACACGUGGCUUCAGAAGACAUCAAUAUCGAAGGAUUCAAUGUUCCACGAGACACAAUUGUGAUUAUUAAUGGUUGGGCCAUGCAAAGAGAUCCUAAGAUAUGGAAAGAUGCGACAAGCUUUAAACCUGAGAGGUUUGAUGAAGAAGGAGAGGAGAAGAAGUUGGUAGCAUUUGGUAUGGGAAGAAGGGCUUGCCCAGGAGAACCCAUGGCUAUGCAAAGUGUUAGCUAUACUUUGGGAUUAAUGAUUCAAUGUUUUGACUGGAAACGAGUAAGUGAGAAGAAGCUUGAUAUGACAGAGAAUAAUUGGAUCACCUUGUCAAGGUUAAUUCCAUUGGAGGCUAUGUGUAAAGCCCGCCCACUCGCCAGCAAAGUUGAAAGUUAUUAACAAUAUUUUAUUUGGUAUAUUUGGGUGAGGAUCUAAUACUCAUAAUUUCGGUGUGUAAGUCUAUGCAUGUUAAAAUUAAUAAUAUUUGUCGUAUGUCCACAAGGCCAAAUGUAGUACUGGGUGUGAACUUGCAUAUACAAUAUCAAUAUUGUAUAAAUCCCAGUUUCCUUGAAUAAAUUUCUUUACUUUCUAUUGUUAUGAAUCCCAGUACUUUUUAAAAA